GCUCGCGGAGGAGAGGCGCCUGGCGCUCACAUGGGCUUGCGGGCCAGCGGAGGUCGUAGAGUCACAGUACAAUGCCGGGGUUUGCUGUGAGUGCUGGGUGAAAAAGCCGUCGGCCAGCAGUCUGGCCCCUCGCUGCCGGGAGGCCGACGUGAUCUCUGCUGGUGCGGGCAAGGCGCGCAGAUCGUCCUUCUCCCAGCGCUCCACGGCAGGGCUUCAGCUGAGUUCACAAAGCAGGUUCCCGCCUCAGGGAUGAACAUGUGAAGAAAUACUGAAGAAGAGGCCAUUUCUGAGGACGACAGAAGAACUCUUGACCGUUGCUCCUGGAUGAGAAUGGAAGAUAUCUUAGCUGAUUUGUGUGGGACAAGUCCAACAGACCCACUUCCUGUUUGGGUCCACAACAAUGUUGGCCACUGCUUCAACCAGCUAAUUUUAAACAUAAUUCCUCACGUGAUCCUUGCUGUAAUCAGUGCCUGCUAUAUAGGAACACCAAGAUCUUUAAACUCUCUGGUUGUGUACAGACCUGGAUGGAAAUUCAGAAUUGCUGCAUCCUUUAUCCUUGCUGCUUUGUCCAUCCUUGACAUAAUCCUAACAUGCAGCUGGCAACAGAAAUCGGAUCUCUUAUACCUAGAAGUACUGUCGAGUAGCAUAGCUACACUGGCAUGGCUUACUCACAGCAUGGCACUACUUGCUCUCUACAAGUCUCCAUACAGUUUCAGCCGUGGCCCUGCACUCCUACUGAUCCUUGUCUUCCUUCCAAUCCCAUCCCUUAUUAUCACAUUGGUGUGGCGCUUCCAGGCUGAGACAGGUAGUCAGCACUUUCAACUUGUCACCAUCUUCAGACUCUCCAUCCUCUGCCUGCAGUUGGUCUCUCUGCUUCUUUGUAUAAUUGGGUUCAUCUUCCCCAUAACCAACAGGCAAGACUUUUCUUCCAUCAAUGAUUCCUGGCAGCACGAGCCUCUGAUCACGACCUCAGGGAUUUCUGCACCUAUUUGUCAACAAGUGACUGAGGAUGGAGAGAGCUGGCUUUCACGUUUUUCCUAUGCAUGGAUGAAUCCCCUUAUGAAGCAUGGCUACCAGGGCACGCUUAAUCGGCCCCAGGAUGUCUGUCAGCUCCCUCGACAGCUCCAGGCUGAAAGAGUCCGGGAGCACUUCUGCUCCUGUUGGCAGGAAAAGGCAACUCUCAGCCAAGGGCAUGAAGAGACUACAUCUUCGACAAAUAGAUUAUUUGGCAAAAGUGAUCUGGGAGGUGUUGAAUUCUCAGUUCCAUCAUGUCAUGCUACUCAGAGGUCUGUACGUCUCCUGUCAGUGCUGCAUGCAGCUUUUGGGCUACACUACUACUCCCUGGGCCUUCUCAAACUGGCUGGUAGCCUUUUGGGAUUCUCUGGGCCCCUGCUUCUGAACCUGCUGGUCAGUUUCAUGGAAUCACACCAGGAACCUCUGAGCCAUGGAGUGAUGUAUGCACUAGGACUCUUUGCUGGUUCCUUCCUGGGUGCCAUUUUGCGUAACCAAUUCAAUUAUGAAGUCAACAAGAUGAUGCUUAGUGUACGCACAGCAGUCAUCUCUGCCAUCUACCAGAAAGCUCUCCAUGUGAGUAGCAGUAGCCUGGCUGGCUUCACCACAGGUGAGAUUGUCAACUUUAUGAGCACUGACACUGAUCGGCUGGUCAACUUCUACCUCAAUUUCCAUGAACUGUGGAGUCUUCCUGUUCAGUUUGCCAUCACUCUAUAUCUCCUGUACCAGCAAGUAGGCAUAGCCUUCCUGGGAGGAUUGGCUUUGGCUCUACUACUUGUGCCCAUUAAUAAAGUUGUUGCAAAUCGCAUCAUGGAGAACAACAAGGAGAUGCUAAAGCACAAGGAUGUUCGUGUCAAGCUAAUGACAGAGUUCUUGCGUGGCAUACGAGUGAUCAAGUUCUACACCUGGGAACAACAUUUUGGGUCCAAAGUUCAUGCUUGCCGAGCCAGAGAGCUGAAGAGCCUGCAAGCAAUAAAGUACUUAGAUGCUGUAUGCGUCUACCUUUGGGCAGCACUGCCUGUUGUUGUCUCUAUUGUCAUCUUUAUCACUUAUGUUCUACUAGGGCACCAGCUCUCUGCUACCAAGGUAUUUACAGCUUUGGCACUUGUUGGGAUGCUCAUUCUCCCGCUCAAUAAUUUUCCUUGGGUGCUGAAUGGGCUCUUGGAAGCCAAAGUAUCUCUGGAUAGAAUCCAACAUUUCCUUGAGCUCUCUGACCAGGAUUUGGAUGCCUACUACAGCAGAGCUGGCCCUUUCUAUCCAUCUUCAGCCUUAGAAAUGCACCAUUCCACUUUUUCAUGGGCACCAGGAAGCCAAGAAAGCACUGAAUCACUCAUACCCAGAGGAAACUUGCAGCUCUUUAUUCAAGAUCUGGUAGUGCCAAAGGGCACACUGGUUGGCAUUGUUGGGAAGGUUGGAUGUGGGAAGAGUACUUUGCUUGCAGCUAUCACUGGAGAACUCAGUAGUCACGGUGAACAUGUUUACAUUUGUGAUCUGGAGAAAGGAUUUGGUCUGGCCACACAAGAACCCUGGAUCCAGUUUACCAGCAUCCGGGAAAACAUCCUCUUUGGGAAGAAAUACGAUGCUAGAUUUUACCAGGAUGUAAUAGAGGCCUGUGCUCUCUCUGAUGACUUGAAUAUUUUGCCAGCAGGUGAUCAUACAGAGGUGGGUGAGAAUGGAGUGACCCUCAGCGGGGGACAAAAAGCUCGAGUUGCACUUGCUAGAGCUGUUUACCAGGAGAAAGAUCUGUACCUUCUUGAUGACCCACUGGCAGCUGUUGAUGCAGAUGUAGCCAAUCAUCUGAUGCAGAAAUGCAUUCUGGGGAUUCUCAGAUGCAAGACUAGGAUUCUUUGCACUCACAGAACUGAGUUUCUGGAAAAGGCAGACAUCUUAGUGCUGAUGGAUAAUGGCAAAAUACUUAAUACAGGCACCCCAACAGAGAUUCUGCCGUUGGUGGAAGCUGUUCCUAAGCUUAGUAAGGUGAACAAGAGAAAGGACAGCAUGCAAAAUGAAUUUAGCCAAGAAGAAGAUGUGGAGCCUGAGGAAGAAGAACCAAACCAAGCUAACUCUAUCCUCAAGCAGGAGGAGGAAAAGAAAGAAGGGGCUGUAGCUUUUCAGGUCUACAGGGCUUACUGGCUGGCAGUUGGCAGUUGCCUAGCAUUGUCUAUCCUCCUCUCCCUGCUGCUGAUGCAAGCUUCUAGGAAUGUCUCCGAUUGGUGGUUGUCUAACUGGAUCUCCAACCUACCGCAUACAGAAACUACUUCUGUCAGCAACCUGUCAGUUUUACCUUCCUCACAGCUGCUGCUCUUCUCCCAUGGGGGACUCAUUUCUCCAAUAUUGGCCUCCAUCCCUUCAAAUGGCACUUUGGAUGUGAACUUCUACCUCACUGUCUAUGGCUGCAUUGCUGGGGCAAAUUCACUCUUCACCAUUCUACGAGCCUUCUUCUUUGCCUAUGGCACUAUCCACGCUGCUACUGUCAUUCACAAUAGGCUGCUUACAAGAGUGACAAAGGCCACAAUGGCUUUCUUCGACAGCACACCAACAGGCCGUAUCCUUAAUCGCUUUUCCUCAGACCUGUACUGUGUGGAUGAUAGCCUGCCUUUCACUCUCAACAUCUUCCUGGCAAAUGUCUUCGGGCUGCUGGGCAUGCUGGUCAUGAUCACCUAUGGGUUGCCUUGGAUUGGCCCAAUCCUAUUGCCCUUAGCAGCCAUCUACUACUCCAUUCAACGCUAUUAUCGGCACACAUCUCGUGAACUCAAGCGCUUCUAUAGUCUCACCCUGUCUCCCAUCUACACACAUUUUUCUGAGACGUUGACAGGCCUCAGCAUUAUCCGAGCAACCAGGGCCACUGGCAGGUUUGAGAUGGAAAACCUUCAGCGAUUGGAGCUGAACCAGCGCUGCCGUUUUGCCAGCAACACUGCCAUGCAGUGGUUGGACAUACGGCUGCAGAUGAUUGGAGUUGCUGUAGUUACCGCUAUUGCAGGCAUUGCCAUCAUCCAGCACCAGAGGAAAAUGGGAGACCCAGGUCUUGUGGGCCUGGCCCUUUCUUAUGCCCUGUCAGUCACAAACUUGCUGUCUGGACUCAUCGCUAGUUUCACCCAUACCGAGACCAUGAUGGUGAGUGUGGAACGGACAGAGGAAUAUGCAACAGAGAUUCCCAUAGAACCUCAAGAAGAGCUGAUCCAGGUUGCACCUGAUUGGCCAAGUCAGGGUCACAUAGAGUUCCAACAAGUGGUACUGGCCUAUCGGCCUGAACUCCCCAAUGCUUUGGAUGGGGUGACCUUCACCAUCUAUCCUGGCGAGAAAAUUGGGAUAGUUGGGCGGACUGGAUCUGGAAAGUCCACUCUCUUUUUGGCCCUUUUCCGUAUGGUGGAAUUGAGCGCUGGCCGAAUUUUCCUGGACAAUACUGAUAUCCAUUCUGUAGGCUUGAAACAGCUGAGGUCUAGAUUAGCCAUAAUCCCCCAAGACCCCUUUUUGUUUAGUGGGACAAUCCGUGAGAAUCUGGACCCUCAGGGGCAACACACAGAUGCUGACUUGCACCAUGUCCUGGAACAGUGCCACUUGCAGGCCGUGAUUACAGAGAUGGGUGGACUUGAUUGUGAGCUGGGGGAGAGAGGAAAGAAUCUUUCUGUGGGACAGAGACAGCUUGUUUGUUUAGCCAGAGCUCUCUUGACCAAGGCCAAGGUUCUAUGCAUUGAUGAGGCCACGGCAAGUGUGGAUCAAAAGACAGACCGAUUACUUCAGGAAGCCAUUCGCCAGCAAUUUGCAGACAAAACUGUGCUAACUAUUGCUCACAGGUUGAACACCAUCCUGGACUCAGACCGAGUGCUGGUGAUGCAUGCUGGGAAGGUGGCUGAGUUUGAUUUCCCUGCCGUGCUCAGUCAAAAACAGGCCUCCUUGUUUCAGCACCUGCUGCAAAGUGGGCAGCAGUGACCUCUCUCCCGAGACUCCCAGACUUGACCAUUCAUACCUCACAUUUGUGAAUCUUCCCCUUGCCCCCACCCAGUGGAAUUCCCCUCCACCUGCUGUGUACUGAAUAUGCACUCCAUACCUGGCCAAGCAUCCAGCUUAUGACUUGGGAACAGGCAAUAGAACAUGUUCUGCCAGGGACAUCAGAGGGUGGCAGUAGGAAAUUCUUGCCACACCUCCAGCUGAAGCGGGUUGGAUCUAUGAAGAACAGUAUUCCUUCUUGUAUUGAAAAGUAGUUGUACAUGGAAAAUGGUGGCUUUUGCACAACAGCUAAGAUCUUCCCAUAAAUGACCUGUGAUUCAUCAAAUAAAAGUGAUAUAAUACCUGGCUUUUUUUAAA